GGCGUCAUUGGGAAGCUCAAAGAAUGACAUGACGAACGGUCAUUUUUCUAAAGAUUCUGAGACUGGGGUCCCUGUGGCAAAGAUGAUGAGGACAGAAGCUGGUUCUGGUGGUAAGAUUGUAUCAGCAACUAAUGCAGUGGCUGUUUUCACAACUGGCUAAGCUCAGAUCUUUGACAAGUCAUUUAUGACCAAUUGUCACAUGUUUUGUUGUCUCUCGUUUUCUUCUUUCAGUUCAGGUGCAGAGAAAGGAUGAUGGAUCUCUCCAUUUUAGCUCUUCCUGCAGGUGACCCUUCGGCGAAACUCGAGGCAGAGAACCAGAUAUGUGAAAAAAUAAACAGCAUGACUUUCCUGUUAGGCCAUGAAUAGUACCAUGUAAUCACAGAGUGUAUAUCUUCGCUGAGUUGAGCCACCCCUAAUCGAAACCAAAUGAAUGUUGAACAGUUUUGUGUCUUAUCCUUUUUUGUUUAUUUUUUUAUAUAUAUCGUUGUGCUUCAUCAUGCAGACUUUAUGCCACCUGAUGUCAGUAAGGGUGCAUGAAGGUCUUUCCAGAUUUAUUUUGCAGGUUCGAAACUAAAGCCAACAUGGUCAUUUCCCUGCAUCUUGACCCAGACCUUCCAGACCUCAGUCAAGGGUACACAAUCCUUACUAUUACGCAUUUUUCAUGAUCUUGUAUACUUUAACAAGGCAUAGCCUAGAGAGACAAAGAUGGUUAGGAAAUAUUAGGGUAAAGAAGUAAUGUCACCAAAAAAAAAAAAUUGCAUUGGUAUAGAUCUGUGUGAUGUGUUGUAAUGGAUGUUACAACAUAUAAACAUAAGUGUGCAGAUUUAACGAUUUUUGAAAAAUUUAGAGAGGUUUGAUGGCUGUGUUUUUCACUCCUAAAAGAUAUGUUAGGUGAUAAUAAAUUCCAUGUAGUAAGGCUUGUGCUGUGGAAUCUGUUAAAUGUCAUGGUACUAAUCGGCUAUUAAAUUCUAAGGGAGGGUGAAGUAACUACGCUUAUUUUAAAAAAAAAAAGAGGUAGUUUAAAGUAGGUACUUUUGUGUGUAUAUAAUUUCGUGCUGUUCAUGUUUUAUUUGAGGUCUUGUACCAAAACUUAUGUGUAUGUAGCAAAACUUUUGUUCCUGGGUUUGGAAGCACAUACUCAACAUUUUGAACAGGAUGUGAGAUAAGACAUUCACUUCAUGAUGUGUUUUUGUCUUUUUCUCUCUACUCUUUGUGUGGUGUUUAGGUCAGAGUUACCCACCCUUGACUGACUCGAGCUGAAUCAAGACUAGGCAGCAGAAGUCCAUUGCACAGCUUCACAGUAUUUCCGUGGAUCCUGCAUUUCAUUUACAUAACAAUACACAGUUUUAAAAAUUGAAAAAAAACUUUAACGUCUUUAUUACCAUUUCAAAAAAAAAAGUGAGUAACAAGAAUUGAAUGUGAAAUGUCUUGAGCAAAUUGUGGCCUCUGCCCUGUCCUGUUGGCCAGAGUGUUAUGCUUGUGACAAGAUUUCGCUCAUGGUCACUCAGUACAAGUGUUCUCUGAUGGUAGUUAUCAUUUUGCAAUUUCAUAAAUUCCUGGGGAAAAACUUAAAAGUGAUUCAAAAUCAUGUUUUGUUUUCUGUUUGGGAUUUUUGUGUAAAAACACACUAAAAGAAAUUUUUAAGAAGACAGCGCUGUGCUUACUUGUUUUGCAGAAAUUAUUUUGUCACACUUUCAUUUAAACUGGCAUGGCCCCAUUCAUGCAUUUCUUUUUUCUUCUCUUCUCCUAUUUUUCAGAAUGUGUGGGGUGCUCAGUCGACCAUCAUGAGAGAUUUCCAUCUCAAUUUGAAUAGCAACUUGGGGGUUAGCUUAGCCCAGUUGCAGGUUGAUCACUGGUCACGAGCAGAUGGCUGCUUCAGUCUGUCAUUUUGUGUACUCUGGGAUUCAGUCUGGCCAAUUGAUAUCCGCUAGUUUACUGGGACACAUUUCAACAUUUGGCGAUAUGUCACAACUUUCUGCUGUGUUACAAGAGAGACUAAUUGUGUUAGCCAAAUACUAGACUGACACAAUCUAUUAAUAUGUUUAAUCUGUUAACACAUGUUUUACGCUAAGUAUGAAGUUAAGCUAAAGUGCAUUUCUUAACAUGUAACUGCAGCUAUACAUGUAUAUCGGUUAAUAUUCUGCUUUGUUAUCUUUUUUGUGCUUCCAGAUAUUGUUGAUGAUAAACUAUGAAAUGGCCUGAAUUCAGACACCCAAAUCAAAUACUUUGCUUCAAACUUUGAACAGCUAGUAAUGCAUGUUAUUGUGUAAAUAGUGAAUCAGACUUGCACAAUACCACUUGCUAAUAAAAGUGUACUUCGAUUUCUGGACUAAACUGCUCUGUUAACCAGAGAACUGUUCCAUGAAGCAUUUCACCAUGAGUGUUGUGCCUGACCGUAUAUGACUUCUGUCUCCACUAUCACUCAUGCUCUCACUAGAGUGUGGGCUUUAGUGCAAGCUUUAUGCAGUCAUAGCAAGGAUCUACGUCACAUGACACAUGGUUCGCUGUAGUUAUUCUUGUCCAACUCCAUUUUGUGGAUGUGGUUUACAGCUUGAAGGUAUCAGAUCCCAGUAGAUGACUGCGGAGAUAAUUUGUAGUGGGAAAAGAACAGGAUAUUAUAUAAUUUAGGUACCAGAAUGGACUAUAACUGUAGGCAAUGCUUGGCAUUUUGGGGCAGAGGUUGGGGGGAGGGGGUUUGGAGGGUCAUUGCAUUUUUGAUAGACUUCAUUUUUCCAAGUUGUAAUGAUCUUUAAAUAUAAAUACUUUCCAUCUUCGUCUUUUUCAAGCAGCUGAUGUGUGUUUGGCUCUUAUAAGUUUAGUUUUCUUUCAUGUCUACUGUAUCAUGAAUAAAUUAGGGGCAUUAUUAAUAGGGGGCAUAGCAGAAAUAUUUUUGCGCCACUUUCUCUACAUUUCAAGAUUUUUUGAUAAUUAGUGGUUGAGAACAAUUCUUCCUGUCUUCAGUGCGUUGCUGUCAGCUGCGUUUUGAAAUAUGUAGGAUUAAAGAGCUACUUCAGUGUCAAAACCUCUGUCUUAAUAACAAUGUUAAAUGAUGAGAAUCAAGAAAGUAUAAACCUGCCGCAAAUACAGUGGAGUCAGAGUUUCCUUCGCCUGCCAUGACCUCGUACAAGGAUACGUGCUGUUGCUCAUUGCUGACACAUAGUCAUAAAUAUGGCUGUACUUUCAACUGCACUUGAUGUCAUUCCAGCAUAACUUCCUUACUUGACGCCAUAUCUGCCUUACUUGACGUCAUGUCUGCCUUACACUAUGUAAUAUCGGCCUUGCUCGACGUCAUAUCUGCCUGACUAUUAUAAGGAAUACUAUAACGUAACAAUCAGGAAAAUUCUAUGCAACAGUGUAACUCAUCAUAAAUAUUUUUGAACCGUGAUGUUAGCUCUGUUGCAGAGGAUUGCCUCCAUAUUGUAAUAUUUCGACCUGGUUUUUCAUGAAACUGAAGUAGCACUUUAAGGUCUUCUACAUAGAUAUGGGAACACCCAAAGAUUUGAUUAGGUUUUUUUUUUUUACUUUCCAAAAAAAUGCCUACAGGUACAAUUACCUGUCAAGCAGUAUAUCUUGUGACUAAUUUGUGCAGCUUUAGGUGUUCAGCUGGUUGCUAAGGAUGUGAUUUUUGUCUCUCCAACACUUAUUCAUGUUGAAGUGUGUUACAUCUCCAUAGCCAGUAUCAUUGUCUAUGACACGCUCGUGUCUGACGGAGCACGGUUUUUGAUCUAUUAUCUGCACUACUGUGUUGAUAUCCUUGUGCUUAGCACACCAGUCUUAUGACAUUGUUACCGUUACAGGUAAAUACUAGCUGUAUGACAAGGAAAAGGGAAGAGAGUCUUUGCAUGUGGCACAACUUUAACUAUAUUGCCAAGUAUGUACGUGCUUUGAUUGGUUUCCACGUCGUCACAUAGUCUUCAUGAAAUGUGAAUUUCUUGCGAGUAAAAUUUCCUGACAUUUGGUCAGCGUAAUCAGAAAGUAUUCUGAGCCACAAAGAUUCCUGCGACAAGAUUCCCUUUUCUGUGUCCACAGCUGCCUUUGGCUUUGGCAAUUGACAGGGUGUUACAGUGUGAUGACUUUCUUCAGAUGAUAAGCUACAGUAUAUAGGGACUUACCCCGGUGUACAUGAUUACGUGUUCAAUCUCUCGUCUCCUGAUGUCAGGCUCAAGGCUGUGGUUUCUGUGGCAAAUUAAGCUUUGUCUAAAGCGACUAUUAAAAAAACUUCUCUUUCUGUUUCUUCUCUGUGUUUGAAGUAAGCGUAUAUCUGAGGUGCUAAGCAAUGGCAGCCCCAUAAGAGCGGUCAGGUAGUAGAGCGAGAAAUGUACCCCAGGGCUGGGGAUAGCCAGCUGUUGCCCUAUCGAGGGCGGCACCCCAACCCUGUCGUGACUAUAGCGACGCAAUGGAAAGCAUGUCUCCCCAGGCACAGCAACAUGGGCCAAUUAUUGAAGGGCCAGGUGCCAAGAAGGAGAAAAAGCCAUUUUCUUUACCAAAGCUGAGUUCUUCACAGCAGGAAACUAUUCAGAGGGCCAAGAAGUAUGCCCUGGAACAAAGCAUUAAGAGUGUUCUUGUUCGGCAGACCAUUGCUCACCAACAACAGCAAAUGCAAAACUUCCAGAACACAGUGCAGCGACAACAAGCACUGGCAUUGAUGUGCAGGAUCUAUGUUGGAAGCAUCAACUUUGAAAUCAAGGAGGACACGAUCAAACAAGCGUUCCUUCCGUUCGGCCCAAUCAAGAGCGUAAAUCUGUCCUGGGACCCAGUCACAAAUAAACACAAAGGUUUUGCUUUUAUCGAAUAUGAGGUGCCCGAGGCAGCUCAGCUAGCCUUAGAACAAAUGAAUGGGGUGAUGAUUGGAGGCCGCAACAUAAAGGUAGUGGGCCGGCCAAGUAACAUGCCCCAAGCUCAACCCAUCAUAGAACAGUUAGCGGAAGAGGCCACUCAUUACAACCGGUGUUAUGUAGCGUCCAUACACAGUGAUUUGACAGAAAACGACAUGAAAAGUGUAUUUGAAGCAUUUGGAACUAUUAAGACCUGUCGGCUGGCGCCAGAUUCAACAAAACCCGGUAAACACAAAGGGUAUGGAUUUAUUGAGUAUGAAACGCCUCAAGCCGCACAGGAUGCUGUCUCUUCUAUGAACUUGUUUGACCUCGGGGGCCAGUACCUCAGAGUGGGCAAGUGUAUCACUCCACCCAAUGCUCUCCAGCCUCCUGCCGGCCCCAGCAGUAUGCCCACAGCCGCUGCAGUAGCAGCUGCAACUGUGACGGCCAAGAUAACGGCUAUGGAUGCUCAGCAGGCUACAACUGUGGCUCCCCCAGGGCUGGCUAUCCCCACAAAGUUAGGGUCUACCCCAGCCACCCCUGAGAGCAGAGACCUGACACCAGUUGCAAGGGUCCAGCCGGUGCCUCCAUUGGCCACGCCCCAGUCCAUGGGGAUAGCAGCAGCCAUCGCUGCCCCGUUUGGUGUGGGCAAUCCAGCACUCCAGGCAGCACAAGCCUCAGCAGCCAUAUUGUCAGCACAAGUCACAGCGGCUUCCUUGCACAACACUGUGCAGACUGUGCCCAUCCCUCCCCCCACUGUGGCUGAGCCUGUCCUCCAUGAGCCGAACAAUGUGCAGCUAACAGAGGCUCAGCAGAAGCUAGUGGAUGAAGACCCUGCCCAGAGCUUAGACCAGCAGGAGAACAUGAAGAUCAGCGGGACAAAUGCCAGGCAUAUGGUCAUGCAGAAGCUUAUGAGGAAGUCAGAUAAUCGAGUGCUGGUGUUGAGAAAUAUGGUUGGCCCUGAAGAUCUAGAUGAUGAUUUAGAGUCAGAAGUGACAGACGAGUGUGGAAAAUAUGGCAGCGUUAACAAAGUCAUUAUAUAUCAGGAAAAACAGAGUGAAGAAGAAGACGCAGAAGUCAUUGUUAAAAUAUUUGUAGAAUUUACAUCACAAAAAGAAGUGGAACUGGCCAUCAAACAUUUAAAUGGUAGGUUCUUUGGUGGAAGAAUAGUUAGAGCAGAAAAAUACGACCCCGAUUUAUAUGAAGCUAAUGACUUGUCAGGCUAGAAUGUGAAUAUAAACUUCCUCCAGGACUAUUAACAGUGAGCAACUCUCGUGAAAAACGUUGGUGAACAUUGGACACUAUAGAAAGAGGAACUUCAGGAUAUACUAUUGUGAGAAUGUCUGAUGAACAGAAGACAGGACAGCCACAGAUCAAUCCGGAUAACAUCAUGCUGGAUGAUUGAUGCUGGCAGCAGUUGACAAUGGCCUCAUCAAGCUUGCUUGUUGACUGUCGAUCUCGUUCACAAGGGAAGAGUGGAGGUUUGUUUAAGUGGAGGUGUUGUAUGGAGACAGUCGACCGAUUGCCUGCCCUUUCAUUGGGAGAAUAGUGGGCCUUGACAAGGCGUUAACUUCUCUUCAUCAUACUUGCUUAUACAAGGCGCUGGUGAUUUGUAUCAUACAUAAUGCCUCGAACGAAGCUGUAAAUAUUCGACCAUAGAUGAAGUGAAAAUUGUUCAGUUCAUGUUAUGGCUGUAAGGGAGAAAUACUUCAACAGUGUUGUGUUAAAUGGCGAAUUCAGUGACUUCAUUUCUACAUCAACAGCGUUACAGAUUUUCCUGGGAGGUGAUGUUCUGUGACGCCAUGUGGCAUGCAAUGAGAUCAUGAACAGUCCAUGAUUAGCCAUACCUGGUAUGGAAGCUGGUCCAUAUUGUGUACUUCGAGUGAAUGAAACUGCCGCCUCGUACAUGUAUUGUGCUCAUGACUAACGCCAAUACAAAUCAUAUCUUAUGUACGACAUUCUUGUGUGUGAAGUGCAACAGUACUCAUCAUGCUCAGCAUUACUUAUUACAUGUAUGCACUCGCGCUCUCGUGGUAUCAGCUCUAUGCUGAUUAAGUGCUAUAAUAUCAGAAUUCCAGAUUCAUUGUCCUGAUUAAAGUGAAGUUAUGUAUGAUACAAAACAGUUAUGUUCUUAAAAUAUUCCCUUCAAAGAAGAAAUGCAGGUGUUGUGUUGAAAUUCAUCCCUUCCAAUGAUUUUCUCAGGCAAGUUAAUUUCUAACUUGUCAAAUGUUUGUAAACCCGUGAUUUUCCUUUCUUUCAGCAAAAUGUUAACUUUUUUUUUUUUGUGAAAAAAUGUGCACUAAUUCAGUUUAGUUCUUGACGAGGUUGAGACAAGUCUUUUACUCCGAGAAAGCACAAGUUCAUAUUUCAUGUAAAUGUGUGAAAGUUGUAUUUCUAUAUUAUUCUCUCAUUAUAUUGUAUGUUCAUUUACCAAAAAGAUUUGUUCCUUGUUCAAGUUUCCAAGGAACAUCACAUGUAUAUGGUCGAUAGUGUUCAUGAUUAUAUGAGCACGCAGGCUUGAUCGAGAAGAAUAAUUCUGAGACACCUUGAAAAAACAUCAGAUAUUACUCUGUAAUGAACAGUGGUUGAAUGAGGUUGUGUAUCUCAUUUGAACUGCUCCAUAUUUCCCUGGAUCCAAGACAUACUAAAAUUAGGUAGAAGACCCCUCAAUCAAUUAACUAUGCUCAUUUUCACUUCUGUAUAUUUACUACGCAUAUACACAUGUACUCAAUAUUAACUAGAAACAUCUAUUAUUACAUCCUGAUGAUGAUAAUUUGAUACAGGAUAUGUUGGAUUAGACUUUCCAUUGAGUUGCUUUAAACUGAUUGUGACAGAUAAAAAAUUAAAAGAAAAGACAACAGGUAAUAAAACUUCAGGUAUUUCAGAAGAGGGAUGGAAACAGACCUAAACUACCGCCCCCAUUUUGUUGUGAAUUACUUGGUACUGUAAUUUUAUGAAUCAACUUUCAACCUGGAAUUUUUAUGAUACCAUUGGAUACGUUAGAUAUAUUAGGGUAUGUUAGAGCAACUGUAAACACAAAGUCCCGUUAUCCAUACCCCAAGCUCAUGGCUAAAAGGGGAAACAGUGUUUGCAAGACCUCAGUGGAUACAGGUGCUUUCUUGAGAUAAAAAUUACUAGCACUCCAUUAAUUGAAGUUGAUAACUUGAUAGCACUUUUUAUUUUGUUAGUGUUUGCAUUUUGGCUAAAUUUGAACUGCAUUAUCUUGGUUAUGCAACAUCACAAAAAUAAAAAUGAAUGCUUUUUAAACAUUGUGUGGGAUACAUGUAUUUUAUCAAUGCAUUUGGUCAUUUGCAUGUAAAUUUGGGCUAGUGGGGUCUUUCAUUUUAAUUUUUUCCCAAGGUCUCGUGGGUUUGUGUUAAUCCACAGACUUUCGCUGCACAGCGGGCAUGCAGAUGUAAUACAACAGGUAAAAUAAAUUUCACAGAAGUUUUUUUUUUCUCUCUGUAUUCUGUCUGAAUACUCCUUUUAUAAAAUAGCAGACAUUUCAGAAAUUUUUCAAUAUUGAAAGUAUUUUUUGCUUGACAUAGUCAUUUUAGUGAUCAAAGAAAUGAAAAUAAUUGUUCCAGAUAUUGGGUGAGAACAUUUGAUAUCACAGGUAACAAUCUGUAUGCACUCUGUCAGAAACAAAAAGUCAAGUAUAGGGUACUCCAUGUAGUGUACUCUACGUGCAGGGUGAUUGAAUUGAAUGAUGUACUGGGCUGGUAUUAUUGGAGGUUCUCAAGGAUUCGUCAGACAUUGUAUUAUUAUCCACCCUAUAAACCUUGACAUUUUGUAAUACAUUGUUGACAACAUGUACAGUGGUCAAUAAAGCCUCUUUCUUGUCCAUUUGAAAAAAA